ACUGAGGUGUAUCGCGUUAGUACGUACGGUCCAAAGAUGACAGUUCACUCGCGUGCGCCUUGGGAAAUCGAGGAGGGUGGUGGCGAGCAGCCUGAGCUGGACAGCGCAGGCAUUAAAGGGGCUUUCAAGUUCGCCAAACGCGAUGCGGUGAAGAAGCCUCGUCAACAAGACAUCCGGAAUGCAGUGGAGCCAAGAUCGAGUUUUGAAUCUGUCCAGUCUCGGGGCAAGCAGUCGUUUGACACUACGUCGUCGCAAGUUUCAGCCGGUGGUGCUUUACUGUAGGUAU